AUUUUCGUUGUCAUGGUUACUACGUAAACAAAUACGAAGUUAGGUUAAAGUAAUAUGUAUAUGUACUGAUAUAAUGAAAUACAUGCAGUGAGGUAUAUAAAAGCUGGAAGUUUGGGGGUUUCUAAUUUCUAGUGAUUAAUGAGCACAAUAUGUCGGAGUCGAAGACAGCUGCCACUUCAACUCAUUCUUACCCACACCUUACAUAUAGAAGUGAAGAGAAUCAUGACGAUGUAGACCCCAGGAAUCAACGGUUGGCUCAUGAUGAUAAGGACAUGAGACAUGAACAAACACCAAGUCUUGUCUCUGGCCUUCAAGGUGGGGAUAAUGAGCCAGAGGUUCUUCAGCCUGACCACCCAUUAAUGAAAAAAUUUCAGGUUGCCCUAAAGGACCACUUAACACGGCAGUAUAAUCGCCUAAGUGAAGAAAUCCUCAAACUUGAAGCAGGAAUCAAGAAUCAGAAACUGGAGUGUGAAAAACUGGGACUAAACAUAUAUGACGUACAACAAAAUGUGAUGAGGCAGCAGAGUGUCACUGACAACUACCACAAGACAAUUGCCAAUAUUACAAAAAUUAGGCAAGAAAUAGAGGCUCAAGUAGAGACAUGCAGAAACACAUACAAGUCUGAGCAGGAAAAGCUCAACAAUGCACAGAAGGAAGAGGAGGAUGUGCGGACAGAGCUGGAAAAUCUGGUGUGUCUGGAAGAGAAAUUUGCAGACUGGGAGAAACAAUUAGAAUCUAAACUAGCUUCAUCAGAGAGAAUUUCUGAGAAGACCAAGACUGAUAAAAAACAGUUCACCAAGGAGAUGCAAAAACAGGACAUUUUCAUUUUCAAGCUGAUGACUGAGGUAGAAAAUCUACAGGGAAAGAACAGAAACCUCAGUGGACUGUUAAAAUUGAAGGAGUUAGAGAAGAACAAAGUGGGUCAGUCUGUAGCUGAUACAAACGCAGAUCUUGAGACACUGGACAGAGAGCAGCAUCGUCUCAUGCAAUCAUGGAGUAGUGUGAUUAUCAGCAUACAGCAGAGAGACAAAAUCUAUAUGAGUGUCAUGCAAGAUUACAACAAAGUUAAGCAGCAACUGCAAACACUGAUCAACGAAAUUGAAGGCUUCAAGAAGGCUUCAGUUGAGGAAAUGUUAAAGAAUGAACACCUGACAAUAAUUCUAAAGAAAAUUCACUCAGAAGAAGCAAAUUUGAAGCGCUUGAUUGCUGUAGAGGAAGGGAAAAAAGGUGCUUUAGAGAUACAGUUGGCAUCUGUUCACAACAUGCUGGAACAAACAGAUAAGGAUGUGCAGGAAGUCAUGUUGGUUUACCACAAGAAUUCACAUGAAAAUAAGAUGCUGCAGAAAAGGGUGGAAAGGCUUGUGAAUGAGAAAGUAGCUCUGGAGGAUAGAAUCCUGGCAAAGCUGCAGGAUCAGAUCACACAGGACAAAGCAUCGAAGUACUUGAACAAAGUGCUUCAAACACUCAGGGACAAAAUCAGGGACAAGGAAAUUGUGGUGGUGAAUGUGGUGAACCAGCUGACACAGACUAGUAAAGAUUUGGAUCAUCAGAAGGGGAUGAAUGAGCAAACAAAUAUUGUUUUGGAUGACUUGAAGAAGCAGACUGAAACAAAAGAAAAGGAACUGAAGAGCCUACAGAGUGACCUGCAUCAGAGCAAGUUUGAAGUACACAAGAAACAGGGAACCGUGGACAGCUUGCGGAAGAAACUGGAGCAACUAACUCCAAAAUCAGGAGAUGAAUACCUAAGCCCUCAAGAGAUAAAAAUUAAAGCCCUAGAGAAGAACAUCACAAAAACAAUAGCGAAAUGUGAGGAGCUGCAGCAGUUUUGGUUACAGCAGCAGACUCUUACUGUUAAACUCGCAAACCAAAGGAAUGAGCAAGUCCACAACAUAAACCUCACGCACAAACAGGUGCUCAUUCUGGAUCAAAAAAACCUGAAGAUCGAGCAUCAGAUUAAUUGCCAAAAAAAGGUGAACAAGGUACUCAACCAUUCGAUUUCCUCGCUCAACAAGAAACUGCUGUCACUGAACUUGAAACUCUGCGAGAGGAAGGAAUAUAUGGAAAUACUGGACAAGGAGAACCUGUAUACAGAGACCUACUACAUGAGCGUACUCAAGGAUGCAGAGUUAGAAGCUGUAAAGCUGAAGUCAGAAAUCCAUGAUCUGGAGCAAGAAAAAAUUCAACUCGGAGGGUCACUGCUAGAAAAACAACAGGAAUUUCUGGCCUGGGAGAAGAAGUUGCAGAUAGCACAGGAAACCAAGCAGAACACUCAGUAUGAGAAAGGAAAAGAGGGUGACAUGGUGGCCAUGAAAGCUGAAAUCCACCGUAUGCAGGUCAGAUAUUCACAGCUGCGCAAAGCUCAGGAAAAGCUGAUUGGAGAUCUUGAGCAAAGUGUUGCAAAGCGUGAUGCAAUUGUUGUGCAGGCAGAAGCUGCCUGUACAGGCACCCACAGCACUCGCCACAACUUUCAGAAGAAACUGGAGGAUAUGCAAAACAAGAUCAAGCAUGUGAACAGUGAAAUCAAGUCACUUCAGCACCAGACCAAGGUUGCACAGCAGCGACAUGACCAGCUGAUUCAGCAAGUGAAGGACAAAGAGAAUGAGUUGAAACAGCUGGAGGACACAACCAGAAAACUAGAUGUACAAUUGGAGGAAGGGAAACUGCAACGGCAAAAAAACUUGGAAGUACUGGUCCGACGACAAUUCAAAACCAGGAUGUAUAAUGACAUCAAGUCUGGACAUUACCACCUGCUUUUCCGCAGUGAGCAGUCACUGGAUGUGGAGAUGCGGCACCAGAAGACAAUAAAUGCUGAUCUCAUAUCCAUACUGGAAUCCCUGCUCACAGACUUUCCUCCACUUAUGAUCCCUCUUACGAAGGCUCUGAAUACACUCCAACUAAAGCCAGCUUGACCUGUGUAGUUGUGCACUAACAUGUGUGUUGUCCAAUAAAUUGGUUCACUUCAACCAUUUGACAAUGUAGUAAUUCUUCUUGCCUGUGAUGAUACAAAACAUGACCAAGAACAAAGGUGGUCUGACAGAAAUUAACAACCAUUUCACAGAUGGUUAUUGCCUCCACCAUCAGGGAAAUGAUCAGGCCCUAAUAAUGGAGGUAGUAAGCAUCUAUGAAACAUCAGCCAGUUUAUACCACACUACGUGGUGCAACAUCCUAUAAGGCAGUCAUAUCAAAACUUAUUAAUGUAAUGAACUACAUGUGUUCAUACUGUUUAGACAGACUAUACCAAUACAUGAGCUCUGGUAGCUCAUUCAGUGUAAUGACUACAUUACACAUUGGAUGGAUGACUGGGGUUUAAUUCCAGGGACGGGCAGAGAUUUGUCUCUUCACCACAAAUGUGUCCCAACCAGCUCUGGAGCCCACUAAGCCUCCUGUCCAAUGGGUACUAAUUAAGCACCAGUGACAACUUACCUUUAUCUUACUGCUCCAACAUUUGUCUGUUAUUUCAUUCCAACUUACAUAACAUUUUAAUCGCAAGAGUUAAAUAAUUAUAAGUUAAAGACCAGGAUUUGUCGCUCAUGAUUAUCAUAUGGAAUUAUGGGUCUGCAGAUCACUGUACAUAUGUAGAUAACACUCAUAAUUGUUAUAUGUGUAUAAUUCAUGUAGACACAUUAGCACUGCUAAUAUCUUAAAUAAAAUGUUUUAGGAGAAGUA